AGGUUAUGUUUAUGUCACAUUUGAGUUGAAAAUUUGUAAGUAAAAUGCUCGAGCACUCGAACUAAAAUGGCUAAGGACAAGAAAACUGGAAAACCUAGACGAAAAGUAAAUUUAGUUUUUAACGAAGAAAAACGCAGAGAGUUUUUACAAGGAUUUCAUAAAAGAAAGUUACAGCGAAAAAAGAAAGCUCAAGAAGAAUUACAACAACUAUUAAAAGAUGAAAGAAAAAGACUAAAACAGGAAGCAAGAGAGUCUUACAAGAAAUUAGUUGUUUCGCAUAGGCCUAUUCCAGAACUAGAAGAAUUGCUCGAGAAAGAAUAUGAAACUGAAGAUGUUUCUGUGAAGGUUGUUGAAUUAUCAGUUGACAAGAUAGCUAAGAGUAAUAAUUGGAUUGGAUCUAAUUUCCCACGAUAUGAAAAUAAUGAUGAUGAUGAAGAAAGCAAAGAUGAAGAUGAAGAAGAAACUCCAGAAGAGGUGCCAGGAAUGGAACUAAAAUCUAAACCUAAGCCCAUCCAAAAAUCAAUUGAACCUAAGAAUGUUACUUUGACUACAAAGAAGGAUAUAAAGAGGGAAAUUCGGAAAAAAGCUACUAAAACUGUCCAAAAGAGUAAAGCAUUUCAGCUCAAGAAUAAACUAGAAAGGCAGAAAAAUAAGAAAAAAUCUUCCAAAAUGAAAAACCAGAGAAUGAAACUGCACAGCAAACGAGCUAAACAUAGAGGGAAGAGAAUGGUCAAUGAAUAAUAAAUUCGAAAGCCAGAUUUAUUAACUGUAUAUUUUGUAUUAAAUCCUUCCAAGGAAAGAGAAUGGUCAAGGAAUAAUAAUUUUGAAAGGAAAAUUUGUUAACUGUUUAUUUUGUAUGAAAUAUUUAGUAUAUAAGAAAAGAAAAAUAAAU